AUGUUUAACAUGCUUGGACUGGAUCAGAUUGUUAGGAACAAGGCAUUGGCAUUGUCAUUCCGCAAGUUCUUGUACGAGAGAUAUAAUAAUGAGAACCUGUCCUUCUGGCUGGAAGCUGAGAACUACCGUCUGAUCGAAUCAGAUGACAACAGGAUCAAGCGAUCCAAGGAGAUAUACAACAAGUACUUCAAUACCGAGAGCAAAUACGAGCUAAACAUCGAUCACUGCCAAAGAAAGGAUCUGGAAAAGAACAUGGCCAAUCCCACCAACGAGCUAUUCCUGCCAAUCCAAAAUGCCAUCAGGCGUCUAAUGGAGAUGGAUGCCAUUCCAUCAUUCACAAAGUCCGAUUCAUACAAGAAGUGUUUAGACAACAAAUAUGAGUUUGAGAUUACAACAUCAGAAAGAGAUAGGAGUGUAACAAUAUGUGAGAUGGAGGAGUUCUUGCAGACACAUACUCCAACACCAACCGUCAAG